UUCACUCAGAAGUCAAUAGGUUAUUGCUUGGGCUACUGAAAGUCGCUGCGUGAACCUGCGUUACAUGAGCACGAAGUAAAAUGCGAAAUAAUCGCAUCGGACUCAGUGUUUUUACACUUUGACUGCUUUGAUUUCGCACACGAUUUUUUUCGCCUUUUCGCAUUGUAUCUUAUCUGGUAUGUACGGGCCUUAAGAACACUCAGUGCGUUUUUUAGCUUUGUUUCUUCACUCUGUAUCAUCAUGAAAAUGAAGCCAGUUUUCAUUCUUUUCGGUUUUAUCCUGCAUCCUAGCACACAGUUUAUGUUUGAUCUUGGCAUCACACAACUCUACAGUGAUACAGAUGGUCAAGAGGAGUUUUCAAUUGAUCUCAGUGAGGAUGAGCUGCUGUAUGUGGAUUUCCAAAGGAAGGAGCUUGUCAGCACAAUACCAGCAUCUUUUGACCCCCUAAUUGACUAUAAAAAAUACUUUGGACCAAUAGUUGAAUACGCUCGCCUUCGGAUGACAACUUUAAAAUCUUAUCUGAAUUUCAUGAAAAAGGCUUUUAAUGAUCCAUCACCUGCUCAAGAAGCCCCAAUAAGUGCUGUCUACUCAAAAAAUGAUGUUCAGCUGGGAUCUGACAACACUCUCAUCUGCCUCGUGACUGGAUUCUACCCACCUCGAGUCACAGUGAGGUGGACCAAGAACAAGAAGAACGUGACCAGAGGUGUGACGCUGAGUCGGUACUACAUGAAUAAAGAUGGCUCCUUCAAAAUGUUCUCCAGCCUGCAAUUCACCCCUCAGGAGGGAGACAUGUACACCUGCACUGUCGAGCAUGAGGCACUGGAUGAACCCUUGACAAGAUACUGGGAUGUUGAAGUAUCUGAGCCCAGUCUUGGUUCAUCAGUGUUCUGUGGGGUGGGUCUAACUCUGGGGCUGCUUGGAGUGGCUACUGGAUCAUUCUUCCUCGUCAAGGGAAACCAGUGCAACACGAGGCCAGGGACAAUAAAUCUUGUGGGAUGAAGUCUGUAAAUGUCAUGCACAAACACCAGCACCAACACAGAUUUCAAUGGAAGUCUAUCACACUGCCCUAAGCAUUGAAAAGGAGUACCUUCUGCAAUGAUACAUGACGAGGGUGAUCUGUCCUGUACUAUGCCAGACAUACCUUUCUCCCUAUAUCCCUACAUAAUUUUGAUUUAGUUCCAUGCAUUAUUGGUUCUGUUAUUGAUUUAAAAAAUACUUAAAUUUCUUGCUGAUUUUUACAUCUUGCUGAUGUACUUGUAAGACGUCAGGCUCCAAAUUUGUGCUAGGGAAUGUGUUAAUACUAUCCCACAUUUUAAUUAGAUGUCAAAUGUAUUUUUCUAAUGCAAUAAUAAAAUAAAAAUCAUUGACGAUAAACUCUCA